GCAGGCUUCAGCCAAAUUUCAGGUUCUUCUGAUUGUAGCCAUGAAUCUGGCAGCUGCUCUGGUGCUGCUUCUCACUGCUCAUAUGGCCAGCGGUGCCUUGUGGCAGCUUGUGAAGCUGAUCGAAUGUGUCCAGCCUGGUGUUAACGCUCUAGACUACAACAAUUACGGCUGCUGGUGUGGCGUCGGAGGGAGGGGGACUCCUCGGGAUGAAGUGGACAAGUGCUGUCAAGUUCAUGAUAAGUGCUAUGACACAAACAGAAAUGUGUCUGGAUGUGACUCCCUUAUGCAACAUCCCUACAUCCUGGUUUAUGGUUACACCUGUUCAAAUCAGCAAGUGACCUGCUCAGCUACCAACAAUAGGUGCCAGGCUGCUGUGUGCGAGUGUGAUCGGGCGGCAGCUGAGUGCUUUGCUAAGGCCACAUACAACCCUGAAAACAAGAAGCUGAAUCACAAACCCGACUGUUAAAAUCCAUGCCCCUUAAAAAAACAGAAUGGUGGAUUUGAAAAAUGUUUUCAAAUUUUCAUUUAUCGCUAUGCAUCAGUUUAACAUAAGGAAAAUAAAGUGAGGCUCAUGUUGCCUUCCA